AUGUUCCUUAAGUCAUUCACCAGGAGGUUAUACGUAACUUCUUCGAAACCUGUAGUAUCGAAGAGUUUCUUUCGAAGUUAUGCUAAACAGAUAAAAUUAGGGAUUGCAGGAACUGCAGCUGCUACAGUGCUGGGAUUCGGGUACUGUGAAUAUGUGAUACAUACUACAUGGACUACUGAAUUAGAUGAAGAUCAAUUUACUCGUUAUAAAAUUUCUCAAAGGGUCAAUGUAGAUCCCCACCAUUACUUUCUGGAAGCUAAACCAUUAUCUGCACAAAAAAUUAAUAUUUGGAAGAAACUUACCUCGAACAAAAUAUGGUCUCUGGAGGUUAAACAACCUGAAAUCAUGAUUGUGAGGAACUAUACACCUCUUCCAUUGAAGUUAACUGUAAAUAAGGAUGACGAGUAUCGAUUACAAAUUAUGGAUAUUGCUAAUGAUGACACAAAUGAAGGAAAGUUACUGUUUUAUGUCAAGAAUUAUGAUAAUGGUGAAGUCGGCAGGUGGAUGCGUAAUUUGGAUGUGGGAAGUAGAAUUGAUUUAAGAGGGCCUUUUAUUGAAUAUGAACUUAACGAUAAUACAAAAAAUGUAAAUAUGUAUACCGCUGGGACUGGGGUCGUUGCUGCUUUACAAAUUCUCUUGAACAACACUUCUGGAGAUUCUAGGAAUUUCACAUGGAUUCAUACAUCUCACGACAUGAAUGAGUUAGGUAAAUUGUAUCCUAUGAUGAUCAAUUUAAGCAAAUCUGAUAAUAUAAAUUUAAAGUUAUUCAACAACACAUAUAGUGUACGUGAUAACAUUGAUGAAUUGAUGAAAUUGACACCUGUAAAUAAUCAAAAUGCGACGUAUAACAAACAAUUUAUGGCAUUAGUGUGUGGACCUGAUGGUUUUAUAAAGACAGUUGCUGGAGUAAAAAUUAAUUUGAAACAAGGUCCUAUAGAUGGUAUUUUAAAAAGUCAAGGUUGGUCUAAUGAUAAUGUAUUUAAGUUGUAG